CAGCAAUCUUCUUUAUCGCGAUUCCCCGGAGACCAGCUGGUUGCUUGUCCCAUUUGUCAAAGAGAUUCGAACUAGCGCAUCCAGCGCAGCCCUUUCCAGCUCCAACAGCGAGCUUUAGGGCCGCAGCGGCCUUGGAUAUCACAGCAAGCCUUGGCACCACAGAGCGGUAGCUGUUCAAAAUGCAAUCGCCCAACAGCAGUUUUCCCCGACGGCUAGAAGACAGCAGGAAGAAUUAUUCCAAACGGAGAUCCGAAAAAUGGCUGGUCUUACGUACCAGCAGCAGCAGGCUCUACUGCAACGCGUAAAUAGUCUCGAGAAACGGAAAUCCCAGGUUGGGGCCCACAUGUCGUCGGGUGGAACGCCGGGUGCGGACUCCGUCCACUCUGGGCAGACCCAAGCAGAAUCCCAACAGCAAAACCCCGCUGUCCAGUCAGCGCAGGAUAGGGUGUCUGACGUGGCACAAACGGACCAUGUGGUACACGUGCCGCGGGCGAGACAGGCUCACCAUGAAGGAGAACAGAAUCACGUCAGUCAGCGAGUACCGUAUCAUAGGGUGUCGAAGUCGUUACAAUCCAACCACAUUCGAGCGUCCCGUCAAAAUCACUACUAGGGAGACCCGAACCAAGCAACUCAGCCAACA